AUAUCUCUGCAUUCUAUAUUUACACUAAAAAAAAAUCAAGACAGCAGACAUUGAUAAUUAAAAUCUGAUAAUACGGAUAAAAUUUGUUCUUCGUGAAAAAACAAGUGUGAGUUAUUAAAUUUUAAAAUAAAUAUUAACUUUUACAGCAAUGUAUUCCUAUGACAUUUUACCCAACACUUGCACUCUCUUAUAAGACUUAUACACACAUUAUAUACAUCCAAUAAUUAUAUAUAGACAGAACAAGAGAAGUGUGUGAAAAGCUUCUGGCCGUGACAUAAUCAACUCCCAGAAAUACAUUGCCCUCUCAGUCCACGCAGCUGAACUAUUUCUUUCUCUUUCUAAUUCUUUAUUAUUUUUUACGCUCAUACUCGUGAAUUGUUACUCGUGCAAGUAACUUGCAUUACAAUAGUCCAGUUCACAACAUUCCCUCGGCACAUUGUCACUCAAUUUCAGUUUUACUUCCUUAAUUAUUUUUUAACUGCUAGUACAAUUACUGUUUAUCAUUUAGAGUUUCUAAAUAAUUUUCUGUCACUGCGAAGGUCGACGGAUAAUUUUAAAUAUGUUUACUGAUUAAAUUUUUUUUAUUUGUAAAUAUAAUUGUUUGAAAUAACUUGCAGUGAUUUUUAGUAUUUUAUUAAAAGCGAUGUGUGUUAAUCAAUAAUCGCUAAUAAAUAAUCUUCAAAAAUUUUCUACAAAUUAAAAUCCAAGAUACGAUCCAGAUUAACAAGCCGGCAAUUAUGAAGGAAGACUUGAAGACACGAAGCUACGAUAUGGAACUAAGUGAACGUACGGCUCUUAGACAGAAAUUUGAGUCUAUUGACGAUAUUCUACCUCACGUAGGAAAUUUUGGAAAAUACCAGCUCUAUUUAUUGCUCGCGCUCUUUCCCUAUGGGCUUAUUUAUUCGAAUUUGUAUUUUUCGACGUUUUUUUUGACACUCGUACCACAGGAGUACUGGUGUUAUGUUCCGGAAUUGCAGGAUUUAAACCUCACUGCCGAAGAACGAGUAAAGGCGGCGAUACCCGCAAUGGAUACGUUUCCUUACUACGACAAGUGCAAUAGGAAGGAUUUAAACUUCCGUGAAUUGGUCCAGUACAACAAAAAUCCGAAUUCACCGGCAUGGAAAACAGACAAAAAGGUCAAUUGUGAAAAAUGGGAGUAUAAUUUAACACAAGUUCCCUACUUGACAAUCAGCAGCGAGCUAGAUUGGGUAUGCGAUAAAGAAUACUUGAUAUCGAGUUCGCAAGCUAUUUUCUUCUGCGGCUCAAUACUCGGCUCAUUUAUAUUUGGAUGGAUCGCUGAUCACAAAGGACGGAUACCGGCGUUGGUUAUCAGCUGCUUGGUAUCUGGCGUCGGAACUGUCGCCACGGCUUGGUCCAACAAUUUUUGGACCUUUGCGCUGUGUCGUUUUUUUACUGGACUUGCGUUUGAUAACUGUAUUAAUAUACCACUAAUUAUUGUUGUUGAAUACAUGGCAAUAAAUAGACGGACAAUAGUAUUUAACAUCGCAUUUGGAAUUCAUUUCGCAAUUGGUAGUACUGUACUGCCCUGGGUGGCUUAUUAUGUUAGUGACUGGAGACAUUUCGCCUACAUUGUUGCUAUUCCGAUGAUUGUUGGAUUAUUCACACCGUGGAUUCUUCCGGAAAGUGCACGAUGGUACGCAUCCACAGAGCAAUGGGAAAAGGUUGUUGAAAAUUUGAAAAACGUCGCCCGCGUGAACGGAAAAAAUCCCGAUCCCAGAAUUUACGACGCUUUCAUUAGAAAUACCGGAGAUAUUAAUAAUCGCGUCGAGUCUGCAACAUUAUUUGACCUAUUUAAAACACCACGACUGGCUAGGACUACAAUCCUCUUAACUUUUUUUUGGACCUUAUUGAUUAUUUGCUUCGAUGGGCACGUCUACUCGUUAAAACUUUUACGCAGUUCAGUAUUUGUUUCAUUCACCCUGGCUUCCGCAACAGAAUUACCUGCUGGUUUACUUGUUACACUCAUUCUUGAUCGAUGGGGCCGUAGAUUUUGUGGAUUCCUCACUCUCGGUGCUAUUAGCGCUUGUAGCUUCGCUGAGCUAUAUUUGCCAUCAACUGAAGCUAAACUAAGUUCAUCGGUAGUAGCACGGUUUUCCGCAAAUAUGGCUGCAAAUAUUGGUCUUCAAUACGCGACUGAAUUACUUCCAACACCUGUAAGAGCUCAAGGCGUUGCAUUAGUGCACCUCUUUGGUAUUCUAGCCCACGCUGUUGCUCCUUAUAUAACCGAUCUCGCAUCAAUUUGGCCUGGGUUACCAAUGAUGUUUGUCGGCGUACUAGCAUUAGGAACCUCAUUAUUAGUAUUAUUUCUACCGGAAACAGCCGGGCGAGAGCUUCCUCAAACGUUACAACAAGGUGAAGAUUUCAGUAAAGGUGACCACUUUUGGUCUUUUCCUUGCUGCAAUAAAAUAGACGUUGAUCGGCAUCGAAAUGGAAACAGCAAUUGUACUAUAGAACGAUAAUCAUUUAUUAUUAAUAUUAAUAAUAUAUGAUAUAUUUUUAUAGUGAAACUAAUACUUAAAAGACUAAUUACUCUCAA